GCCUCAGUUACUAUACAACUGCAAGGGUUGCCAGUGCCACUUCAGGUAAACAACUUUACUAUUGCGGGAUCACUCAGUUCUACACUGACAACGUCUACACAGUUCACCACUAGACUUGGUAUGGAGGCUGUAAGCUUCGGUUUGGCUGAUGCGUGUCAAGGCAACGAUGCCAGAUUGAACGUGGCCGCAGUUUCAGUUGAUGAUGAAGUGUCUUCAUUCAUGAUGCCGAGAAUAGUGAAUGUAAUGUCAUUGGCAACUGGCGAAUCCCUAUUGCUGAAUCUAGAAGAAGCGAAUGAUUCUUGUGCACUGGUUCCACAGCCACGUGAUUUCAGCGUGAAAGGGAGGAAGCAUACAUCACAACAGCUUAAUCCUACGACCAGUAAGAAACCAAGUUUGCCCAUUAUAAAGAGCAACUCGCAGUCAUCUGGGCAGUUUACUGCACCUGAUGAGAGUGAGGCCAUGUCAUUUCUUGUUUCAUCAGAGGCCCCAGAAUCCGAAUGUGCCCAGCAACAAACCCAACAGACUGCAGAUUCUCAUUCAAUGAAUGCUGACAAUAACGCUGAGUUACCCAAAGCGCUGGAUCUGUCUGGUUUGCCUGAUGGAGCCGCAGUGUCUUGUGCAAGGCAUUCUUGGAAUCAAGAUUUGGUCCCAGGAGAGUCGAAAUCUGUGACUGAGAUAAUACUUGGAGAUAAAUUGGAACUGCAGGUUAUGAGUGGCCGAUUGCAGGCAUGCAGUAUGGACAAAGCUGGUGGGCAGAGUGACAGAGAUGCAGAACUAUCAGCAUCUCAGCUCCUCAAACCAUUGUUGAAAGCAAAUGGCUCAGCAACUGGUGACAUGGUGGACACUGAGGGAUAUGAGCCAUUCACAUCACUUUUAAACGAGCUUGCAUUUUUAAAUCAGCAUUUCUCCGAUGAAGAAAGUCCAGAUACAUCAAUGUCAGACCACCACACAUUGGGCUUUAUUGGCAGAGGAAGCCAAGGGGACAGCAUGGAUGAAUUGUUGAUCCAUGGACCAGUAAGACUGAUGGACAUCGAUGCUGUUGACAGUACGACAGUACUGAAGCAAGUGGAAGGGAGGGAGUGCGGUGGCUCCACCAGUCCCCUGGUGUUGCAGCUGGAAAGAGAAGACUUGAAUGUUGAACAAUUGCUUGCCGAUGAGAUGCCUGUGGAUUCUCAGAGUGAGUUAGAUAAUUGCACACUUGACUUUGAGGGCAACUCUAUGAGUGGUUCAAACAGUUCAGUAAACGUUUCUCCUCCGCCACUCAUCCAUAUGAAGACAACUUCCUCUUCAACAAAUACAGAGAUCCCAAGUUCUUUGGAUCUGCACUGGAGACCCAUGCCUAAGCUGGCACCACUUGGUUUAGUUAAGGGGUCUGGGAAAGGUGAAUCAUCAGACCAGACUGAGUCAGAAUCUGAGAUUUCUCCAGAGAGUAGCAAGCCUAUGCCUGCUUUGGCUCGAAUCUCCUCCCCACAACAAACCAGCAUGGAGGGUCCAGAAGUUGCUUUGGAAGAACACAAUAACUUCAAAAUGACUUCAUAGUUGCUUCUUGCCUGCUCAUAGUAAUUUUACGGAAAGCAAACGUAUGUUCGAUCUCUCCAAUGGGGAGUUUAAAUAUGAAAUUGAGGUUUGGAGAUAUGUGGUUCAUUCGCUCGUGUGUCAGACGAUGUAGAUCUGUGGUGAUCAUGUAUUGAAUGUUAUUAAAUUACUAAGUGCAGGUUUGGAUAAU